GAAAGCCAUUGAAAACCAUCAUCGCAGCAGGUCAGAUCAGCCAUUCGAUCCAACUCUCUCCGCACAACCAACCAGCAUAACCAAUCCCACUAUCACCAUGCUCUUCACCACCAUCCUCAGCACCCUCGCUCUAACCAGCUUCUCCGCUGCCUCCCCCCUCGCUCCCCGCCAGAUCGGCGCGCCCCUUUCCCCAUGGAAGAUCACUAGUCUCUACUCCUACAAGCCCUCCUCCCAACCCGGUCCGGACAAAAACUCCCGCAUCUUCGUGCGCAUCGAGGAUCCCAACACCAUCUACCUAAUGCGCGCCUCGCGCUUCGGUUUCGGCGUCUUCGGCGCUUUGACUGCCGACUGCACCAUCUCGUGGCCCUUUCCUGACGGCCAGCCUCCGUUUGAGCAGGAGAUUCUCUGCACGCCUGCUGCGGAGUAUCCGUCCGGCAAUUUUAGCGUCACGCUGACUCCGGGUAGUGGAGGGGAGACGGUGCUCGAUUUCGGGUUGAAGAUCGUGGAGAGGAGGGAGACGACGAUUUUGGCAAACAACUACUUUUAUCGACAGUUUGAGGGCGAGGUGUCCUUCAAGGUUGGGGAGAACUAUACAGGGAGCUGCGGUGAGGCUGGUGUAUGUGCGGGUCAGCUGGAGGGCGAGGUGGCGGUUGUGCAGGAGGUGACGCAGAGUGUGGGGAGUUGUGAGGAGUAUGGUGGAUGUACUUGAGUGGGGAUUGUAGCGGGCACAUGAUGCAGGGGAGGUUUGGAGGAGAGAUGGUGGGAGUUGUUAGCGAUGGGAUGAAGAUGGAAGGGGGUGAUGUAUCCAUAUUUGGAACGUGGUGAUGGUAAAGGACUGUCUCUAGCAGAAAUCGAAUGCCGU